CUGACGUAAUUUCAGUGCAGAGCGCGUCGACGGCUGUUCACGUCGGCUGCCAUUCAUGAGAUCCUACACCAUAUUGUAGUCACUUGAAUUUAAACAUCGGGUACUCGGUAUAGCUUACAUUAUAGCUCAAAUAUGGCGGCAUUUAAAGCACUAUCACGAGCGGAGAAUGUGUUCUUCAAAAAUGUAUUUGGCACAUCCAGAUCCAAAUCAUACCUCGCUAAGCAUGACUUGAUCAAGACCUCCGGCUGUUACUUUUCCACGUCUGACCAGAGAAACUCCAAGUUCUACACAGAUCCCACUGAGGCGGUGAAAGACAUUCCUAGUGGAGCUACUGUUCUGGUCGGAGGUUUUGGGCUUUGUGGAAUUCCGGAGAACCUAAUCAACAGUUUAUUGAAAACUGGUGUGAAGGGUUUAACAGCCGUCAGCAACAAUGCUGGAGUGGACAACUUCGGCCUGGGUCUGCUCCUACAAACCAAGCAGAUCAAGAGGAUGAUCUCCUCGUACGUUGGCGAGAAUGCAGAGUUCGAGAGGCAGUAUUUGUCGGGCGAGUUGGAAGUGGAACUCACACCUCAGGGCACACUGGCAGAGCGGAUCAGAGCAGGUGGGGCAGGGGUCCCGGCCUUCUUCACCGCUACCGGCUAUGGUACCCUCAUCCAAGAGGGAGGCUCCCCCAUCAAAUACAACAAGGACGGCACCAUCGCCAUUGCCAGUGAAAUGCGAGAGGUGCGUGAGUUCAAUGGCAGGCACUACAUCAUGGAGAAGGCCAUCACCGGAGACUUUGCCCUGAUCAAGGCCUGGAAGGCUGACCGGGCCGGCAACAUCAUCUUCAGGAAAACUGCCAGGAACUUCAACCAGCCCAUGUGCAAGGCAGCGAAAACCACUAUUGUAGAGGUGGAGGAGGUGGUGGACGUGGGGACGUUUGCCGCGGAGGACAUCCACAUUCCCAGCAUCUACGUGCACCGCGUGGUGCAGGGCACAGGGUUCGAGAAGAGAAUAGAGAAACGCACGGUGAAGAAGAGCCAGACAGAGAAGCCCAAACCCAAGAAGGACUCGGACAUCGUCCGGGAGCGGAUCAUCCGGCGAGCGGCGCUUGAGUUUGAGGAUGGCAUGUAUGCAAACCUGGGUAUCGGCAUCCCCAUGCUGGCCAGCAACUUCAUCCAGUCUGACAUCACCGUCCACCUCCAGAGCGAGAACGGCAUUCUGGGACUGGGCCCGUACCCCACAGAGGACAACGUAGACCCUGACCUGAUCAAUGCCGGGAAGGAGACCGUGACGGUGCUCCCCGGCGCUGCCUAUUUCUCCAGUGACGAGUCCUUCGCCAUGAUCAGAGGAGGACACAUCAACUUGACCAUGCUGGGGGCCAUGCAGGUGUCGCAGCACGGUGACCUGGCAAACUGGAUGAUUCCGGGUAAGAUGGUGAAGGGAAUGGGAGGAGCCAUGGAUCUGGUCGCCAGCGCUGGAACGAAGGUGGUGGUCACCAUGGAGCACUCUGCAAAGGGUGGAAAGCACAAGAUUAUGGAAAAAUGCAACCUGCCACUGACCGGAAAGCAGUGUGUGGAUCGCAUCAUCACAGAGAAGGCGGUGUUUGACGUGGAUAAGGAGACGGGCCUGACGCUGGUGGAGGUGUGGGAGGGGCUGACUCCAGAAGACAUCCAGGCGUGCACGGGCACCCAUUUUAAGGUCUCCCCCAACCUGAAGCCAAUGCAGCAGGUCUAAAAGGGACAGCCUGAAAUCUAAGGAGUGCUCGAAUGAAUGCUUUAGUGGUUUUAUUUAGAUAAUUCCUUUGUAUUUCUUGAGAUUCAAACAAGAGGCUGAAAUGUUUUUCGUUUUUUUUGGUGAAAUGUUUGAACUUGAACUUUGAAUGUAACAAUGAUUGACAAUUAAUGAAAUGCAUGUCAUUAUCUGUUUUCAUAGAGACCUGUUAGACUAUUGUGUAAAAAACGAGGUUAAUUUAUAUACGUAAAGUAGCAAACUGAUUAUCAAUUAUAAGCAAAAAAUGUAAUGGUUGUUAUUUAUUGAAAAAUAGGGAUUCGAUUUUUACUGUAGCAUUGAUUAGCCAUUGUUGAUGUGACCGGAUGUUUAAAGGGCUUUAUAAAUAGUGAUACCAA